CCGCUCAGUUCCGCGUUAUCCUCUCGUACGGUUCGGUUCGGUCGGAAUUUGUCUUGUCCUGACGCGCGUUUGUUGCUGUCGCUGAUUUUUUUCUUGUGCUACAUAUUUUGGAGCUAAAGGAUUCCUGGCUCGGAGGACCUGCAGGCCAACCGGAACAGACUUAGGAGAGGUGGUUUUAUGGUUGGUCUUUCCGGUUGUUUUCGUUUUGCUUAAAGUUGAAUAGUGGAGGUUGGAAUUUGCAUCUGCUGGGGAUGGAUGAAGGAGGAUGCGAUCCCAAAAUGUGUAGGAAAUAGCUGGCUCGAAGGACCAGCAGCCAGCUGCUGGUAGAAGGUUUCAUGUUUUGAAGAAAAAGGACGGGUGGGUGGCGUCAGGAUUCGAACCUAGCCUAAAGAGUGUUGGGUUGGUGUGGUCUGGAAAACGCUGCGGAAACUUGUUUUGGGUGGUGAAUGGAAGAUAACCGUAGGAAAAGUUGAUGAUUGUCCACGGUUGAAGGGUAACGGAAUGAAUGCUCGACAAGUCGAUAAUGUCUUCUGUUGAUGGAGUCUCAUUUCCCAUUGAUGAGUGAAACGGAUGCUUAAUGUUGCUGAAGCAUGAAAAAUUUCAAGUGGAUUAAGCAAUUAAACCAGUGCUGAAAGAAUCGUAUGAAAAAGGAGGCAGGUUGAGGAAAUAACACCCAUUACGACAACGAAAAUGAUGUGAGCGAGGUGGAACGUAAUUUACCAAAACCAAGUUCUCCCCCGUUAUAAAACACGUAAUUACAUUUCCGCUGCAUUAAAAUUUUCCCACUCACCGGAAGUGCUUAAAAGUGGGUUGGAAAAAAUUUCCAUAAUUUUCCACUAGCUUGGUUUGAGCGUGUUAAAAUACCGCAACGAUGAGUGCUUUGAGCGGGCGAAAGGAAGGACAGCAAAAAACAAAACGCUUCCUUUCUGCAGAACAAUAGAAGCUAGCUGUAAAACAAAACGGAACGAAAAACAAAUCUAAAGCCCGAGCAAAUAUCGAGACCCAAAUCAACGAAUCGAAACUCAUUAGUGCAGAAUCUCUGUUCGGAUCGUUCUAUUGUUUUCCUGACAUGAUCCCAGUAGCCGGUAUGUGAUUGCGAAGAAGAAGUGACAAAGCAGAAAACGAAUCCACCCUGCCGUUGUCAUUCGGAUGCUCCGACGACACUUAAACGACGACAACGAUCGUCUAGCAGUGUCGAACGAAAGAAGAAGCAGAAAAAAUCACAAAAGUGUAAAAGUGUAAAAAAGUGAAUUAAACAUGAGCGAACCCUGUACCGAAUUGAUAAGAGUGAGUAGCCGCGCGUUCGAAACAACAAAGGCAGUGUAGAAGCUUUGCCAAGUUAAAACAACAACAAAAACAAAGCAUAUAAAUAAUACUACAAAAGAGCACAAUGGCUUCCCGACGUCGACGUCGAGUGAAACCGAGCAGUGUCCUCGGCAGCAGAAGCAGCAGCAUCACCUCCGAUUCAAGGUUUCGGUCCACUGGAAGGGCCACCGUUAGUGGAAGUAGAUCGGCAGCGAUGCUCGGUGAUAUGGUGUCCGGGGCCGGUGGGGAUAGUAGUAACCAUGGUGAUAGUCUCAGUGAGGAUAGCUGCAAAGGAGGCAGCAGACGCUAUGUGGGGGUGCAGGGUAAACAUCGCCUAAAUCGGAACUGCAGCAACAACAGUAGUUACCAAUGCCGGGGGCAAAGCUGUGGCAGAAGCAGUGGCAGCAGCACCACUAAUCUCGGAUUCGUUCUGUGUGGAUUAAUUUUCGCAUCGUACGGAACCGGAGCCGGUUGGGCGACCAGGAUUUUUGACAUCGAGAGCAUCCCGGUGAUUCGGUACAACGCAGUGGCCGGUGGAAAUGUGACCCUCAGCUGCCCCGGAGUGAACGAGCAUUCCCUGGUGGGAACCCUCAUCUGGAAGACGACCCAUACGGUGGCAGAGUACGUCAACGGGAUGCCCCUGGCCAGCAAUUCUAGGAUGACUCUGUUGCCGGACAAUUUCAGUCUUCACAUCAGCCAAACGACAUCGGCAGAUACGGCCGAGUACAGCUGUCUGGUAAAUGACAGGCACAGUCCGGAGGCCAUCGUCGAUUUGCUGGUUCAAGAUGUUCCCGACCCACCUGGAAGGCCACUGGUCGUGAGCUUCACAUCCCGAUCGGUGCAUCUGUCCUGGGCCCACUCCCAGGAUUCUCGAAAUGCACCGGUCAACUACUUCAUCAUCGAGAGCAGGGUUGGCGAAAAUGGUGACUGGGACCAGGUGGCCCCGAUUCGGACCAAGGACAAUUCGACCAGCUAUCAGGUGGGAUCGCUGCUGCCCUUUACCGUGUACAGCUUCCGGGUCCUGGCCAUUAACGAGUUUGGCCAGAGUGCCCCCUCCAAGGAGUCCUACUACUUCGUUACGCUGAGAGAAGCUCCAACCGGAAAACCGGUGACGACCAUCGCUCACAACACGAGCGCCACCUCCCUGUACAUUUCCUGGAAGCCGCCACCACCGGAUACCAUCCUGGGGGAGUUCCUUGGCUAUCGGAUCACGUUCCGGACCCGGGACCGCAACCCGGACGACGUCAAGGAAAUCUACAUUCGGGACAGCACGGUCGAGAGCCACGAAAUCCACAACCUGGAACCGUAUACCCAGUAUCUGGUUUCGAUUCAGGUUUUCAACCCGGAAGGACUUGGCCCACCCACCACUGUUCUGGUUAUGACCGAUGAAGGAGUGCCCAGCAGGCCUCGCGGUCUCAGCAUCCUUGAGGUGACUUCCGGCACCAUCAAAAUCAGCUGGCAGGAACCGGAACGCAAAAAUGGCGUCAUCCAUGGCUACCGGGUGUAUUACGUGUACCAGAACCAGACGCUGCUCCACUUGCCAAUCCUGAAGAGUGACGCCAUCCAAAAUUCCGUCUACUACUACACGCUGUCCGGGUUGAAACCCUUCACCGACUAUCGGCUGAUUGUGGCAGCUUUCACGCUCAAAUAUGACGGGGAACCGUCGGAAAUUUCGAUCCGGACCGAUAUCGCAGGGCCAAGUGCUCCGAUUUUUUUUAAUCUGACCUGCUACUCCGAGGAUGCCCUGUUUCUGGCCUGGCGGAUACCGCAGUUCUUUUCAAAUUCCGUGCACCAGUAUAUCGUCAACUAUCGGAACAUGGACUACACCCGGACCCGGGAGAUCCGGAUCUCGGCCAACGCUUCGAUUGUGGAAACGUCGGUGGUUCUGCAGAAUUUGACCACCGAUUCCAGCUACGAGCUGAAGAUUCGAGCCGCCUCGAUCAGCGUCAUCAAUCCGCACAAGGUUAUACUGGGGCCGUUCUCCGAUGUGAGGAAGAUCACACUACAGGCCAAUUGCGAUCAGCAUCACGAGCCAUCGCUGUAUCAUCCCUAUGACGAUCACGAUCUCAUAGUCCUAGCCGGGGCAGUAAUCUGCUGCUUUGGGCUGCUGCUCAUCAUCUUGGCGAUCGUGCUGUGGAAGAAAUGUUUCAGCACCAGCUACACUCAUGAGGGCACCGAUCCGUCCCAAUCGUCAGGUGCCGAUCACGGUCAGAAGCUCCCCGGUCAGACCCAGCUCGACUGGAAGGCCAGCUGCGACACUAACGGCGGGGUCAUCCAGACGACUGUGCCCAUUUCGGCGGCCACAACACCCACCGGAACCAAAAUGGUGGUGCUACAAAAUGGCGGCGGCUAUCACAACAACCAUCUCAAUCAGUAUCAGUACAACAACAACCACACCGUCACCCGGCACAUGGCCAUGGAUGGGGACUGAUAAGAUGCGAUUGGCCACCAGCAGCAGUAUUGGCCAGCCGUAAUCUACGAAAGUGUCGAGCUGGAGGACAUUUUCGAGGGAGCCGCCAUCGCCGGAGGAUGUCCCGGGGGGUCCAGUGAUCGAUCCCGGCUGGCUGCCCCGGGUCAUGGCACCAGGGCGGCUUCCGGUGGCGUUCCGGAUCUAGUGGAACUGAUGAUCAAUCCGGAAGCUUGAGCGAAUUUCCGCUGGCUGCCAAAGCGCGCUCAAUUGACUGUGUACAGGUUAGGAAAUGUUUAGUAAUUAAGCAGGCAUAAGUUAAACAAAUAAACAAAACUCACAAAAAAAAAACAGAUUCACUUAGCGGUUUAGAUUUUAGGACAACAGUGCGAUAAACGGAUGGUAGUGGGAAAUCGUUUUUUGAUUGAGUUAAAGUGUGUGUUGGGUUGAUUUAUGCUCCCUCGGUUUUUGGCAGUUUUUGGGAACGAGUGAAAAACUAAUUUUUGAAAAUAAAAAAAAAACAUCGAAAAACGAAAGACGAAACUGAAACCGGAGCAAUGCUUCAAGCUCUCGCCACAGUAAGAUAGGUGCAAAUUUUAAAAUAAAUUUACCCUAGCAAAAAAAAAAGUAACCGACGACGAAACGGAAAGAUCCGAUGCCAAUGUUGUUUUAAAUUAAGAGGUGAUCAUCUAGACGUCAAAAUCAGCAAGAAUGAUAAAGCAAGCAAAUAAAACAAGAAUUGGUGAAACUUAAGAAUGCGUGAAGAAAAAUAAUAGAAAUGAAAAUAAAAUCUAAAAAUGAAAGAAAAACUUUCCCACAGAACAUAAAUUAAAAAAAACUACCAAGUGAACGAAAAAAAAAACUAUUGGAAGGCGAAAAAAAGAAGGUGACAAGAUAGGAAGAUGUGUGAUAUUUUUAUACAUAUUUUCAAUGGUUGUUCAAAUGUGAACAGUAUCUAGCUGAAAAAUCCAGAAAAAAAGUAAACAAAAAAAAAACUGCUUUUGAAAGUGAAAAUAAAAAAAAGUUUUAAAACCAA